GAACGACCUGGAACUCACAGUCGAGGACGACCUCAAGAGCGAGUACGUCUUCGCGGUGGUGCGCGUGGCGGCGUGCCCGAUCGUGGAGCUGGCGAGCCGCGUGGAGCGCAACGACGUCGAGGGCGACCUGGCACGCGUCCGCGCGCUGCUCGCCUCGCGCCCCGGCGCGGGCGCCGCGGGCGCCGGCACGAGUGGCGGCGGCGGCGUGGAGUGCGUGGGCGACGAGCGGCUGCAGCUACGGUGCCCUCUCACGCUCUCGCGCCCGACGUCGGCCCCAGCGCGCGGGCGGCUGUGCAGGCACCUGCAGUGCAUGGACCUCGACGCGUACCUGGUGGCCAACGUCCGCACCCGCGCCUUCAACAGCCGGUGGCGCUGCCCGCUCUGCAGCCUCGGGCUGAGGGCGGCCGACCUCUGCAUCGACACCUUUGUGGAGGGAGUGCUCGCCGCCACUGCCGACGGGGUGGAGGAGGUCCUCGUGGCGCCCGACGCCUCCUGGAAGGCGGUGGAGCCUCCGACUGGACGCGGCGCCACUGGCUCCUCCAGCAGCGGCGACGAGGGCC